AUGGGUAACGACGAUCAGCCCAAGACCUAUCGCUACAACGAGACUCCGGUCUACACGGCCUCCAAUGGCUGCCCGGUCAUGGACCCCCAGGCCGCCCAGCGUGUUGGCCCUAACGGCCCUCUUCUCUUGCAAGAUUUCCACCUGAUCGAUCUGCUGGCGCACUUUGACCGCGAGCGCAUCCCGGAGCGGGUGGUUCAUGCCAAGGGUGCUGGGGCCUAUGGCGAGUUUGAGGUUACUGACGACAUCAGCGAUAUUACCACCAUCGACAUGCUCAAGGGCGUGGGUAAGAAGACCAAGAUGUUGACCCGCUUCUCUACCGUUGGCGGCGAGAAGGGCUCGCCAGACAGUGCCCGCGACCCUCGUGGCUUCGCCAUGAAGUUCUACACUGAAGAGGGCAACUGGGACUGGGUGUUCAACAACACCCCAGUCUUCUUCCUGCGCGACCCGGCCAAGUUCCCCGUCUUCAUCCACACCCAGAAGCGUAACCCGCAAACCAACCUGAAAGAUGCCACCGCGUUCUGGGACUACCUCUCCACCCACCAAGAGGCCGUCCAUCAGGUGAUGCACCUGUUCAGCGACCGCGGUACCCCUUACUCCUACCGCCACAUGAACGGCUACUCCGGUCACACCUAUAAGUGGAUCAAGCCCGAUGGCACUUUCAACUAUGUGCAGAUUCACUGCAAGACUGAUCAGGGCAACAAGACCUUCACCAACGAAGAAGCGACCAAGCUGUCUGCCGAGAACCCUGACUGGCACACUCAGGAUCUGUUCGACGCCAUUGCUCGCGGCGAGAACCCCUCGUGGACCUGCUACGUGCAAGUCCUGUCCCCAGAGCAGGCGGAGAAGUUCCGCUGGAGCGUGUUCGACUUGACCAAGGUGUGGCCGCAGAGCGAGGUUCCCCUGCGCCGCUUUGGUCGCUUCACACUGAACAAGAACCCGGAGAACUACUUCGCCGAGAUCGAGCAGGCAGCCUUCUCGCCCUCCCACAUGGUCCCCGGUGCCGAGCCCUCGGCCGACCCCGUCCUGCAGUCCCGUCUGUUCUCCUACCCCGAUACCCACCGCCACCGUCUCGGCGGAAACUACGAGCAGAUCCCCGUCAACUGCCCGCUGCGCUCAUUCAGCCCGUGGCACCGCGACGGCGCCAUGAAUGUGCACGGUAACUACGGCGCCAACCCCAACUACCCUUCUACCUUCCGUCCCCUGGCCUACAAGCCUGUGAAGGCUAGCCAGGAGCACGAGAAGUGGACUGGCGCCGUCCUUGCGGAGCAGAUCCCUGUCACUGAUGAGGACUUUGUGCAGGCCAAUGGUCUCUGGCAGGUGCUUGGUCGCCAGCCGGGUCAGCAGGAGAACUUUGUGAAGAACAUCUCUGGCCAUCUAUGCGGUGCUCAUGAGCGCGUCCGCAAGGCCACUUACGGCAUGUUCCGCCGUGUUAACAAGGACCUUGGUGCCCGCAUCGAGGCUGCCACUGAGGCCAAUGUUGCGCCAUCUGCCCGUCUGUAG